AUGGCUGCUAUGAUGACUCCCGGGUCUCCGGUCAGGUUGGGCCCUGGACCGCGCCGUCGAUCUUCAAAUCUGGUCAUCUUACUGCUCGUCAUCAUAGCUUUACUUUGGUCUUUAGUUAUUCAUCAAAAUAUUGGGCGCGGCCUACAUGUUACGCUCGACGACAUCCGGGACCCCUUAGACGCGAUCGUAAACAACACAUUAGGUUUUGAGAAGAUAUUUGCGAUUAGCCCAGCACAGCGUUUAGACAGACGCGAUGCGAUUGUACUUGCAUCCUCAGCUACAGGAUUUCAUGUCGACUUCAUUGACGGGUUAAUCCUUGACGAAGACAGCGCCAAGGUCCGUCAACCUGGAACCCACGAUGAAUAUUUAGCUCACGAUUUGUGUUCCUGUUUCCCGCCCGCAUGCGAAUGCUGUGCAGAGGUAGCGUCUCGUGUCACAUACUGUUCGUUCACAUCAUCUAAUAAAAUCUAUAGAAUUGUCGCAGAUGGGAUCGCAAGUGCAUUAAUACUUGAGGACGACGUUGACUGGGAUAUAAAUCUCAAGAUGCAAUUGAAGGGACUCGCCCUAGGCUCUCAGCAAAUACCGAAGAUCAACGCCCCGGAAAGGAAUGCGACCACAGAUUCUCCAUACGGAGACAGCUGGGACGUUCUUUGGAUUGGUCACUGUGGUAUGAAGUGCAACAGCUCUUCACCUGUUCAGGUGAUGCCUCACGACAUAACAGCAAUGCCUUCUCGCUACCUUCCGCCUUAUUUAUAUGACGCCCCAGCCGGAACUGGGAACAAUGUCCGCAUGAGCUGCAUAAUAGAGAAGGCGGCAUGUAGUGCAGCGUACGCGAUUACCUACGGCGCGUCCCAGAAGAUCCUCGCUGCUUUGACACGGCUCACAGACGAUGACAAUCUGGAUUUUCCAAACCUCCUUAGUGAACUCUGUCACAAUGGCUCAUUGGAGUGCUACUCGUCUUACCCGUCGCUAGUUGGAAGAUGGAAACGCGGCAGAAGAGAAGAAUAUUCCUCCGAUAACGACCAAGAAGCCGUUGAUCGUCAGAUGUCUCAUUCUUCUGGGGUGAUGUACAGCACCCUGGGGAAUAUCGAGCAUAUCUUGGGCGGGGAGUGUACCGUGCGAGCCUCCAUCGAUGAUGCCAUAGUUCCAGAGCUUAACCCGGACCUCUUCGAGGUACCUCAUUCGUUUCUCCAGUGGACAGAUAAGAAAGGAGGACAUGAGAGAGCGUUAUAA